UCGGUCACACUUCUUCGAAGCUAUUCUAUUUUCUGUUUUGUUUUUUACAUUGAAAACAAAUUCCUGAUGACAAAUCUCAGCAUCAGUGGCCAGCAGGUGCCGCUGGCACCGCAACCCAUUGCAGAGCCCUUCCGUAUCACCACGAACGCACCGCACCAGAUGAAUGAUGCCAGCUUGACGCCCGGACGAAAGAAGCUGCAAAAGUGGCUGGGCCGUGUCCUGCGUAUCGUCAUCACUGACGGCCGGGUCCUGGUCGGAUUCUUCAACUGUACGGACCGUGAUGCCAACAUUGUGCUCUCCAUGUGCGCCGAGUACUUGGUAGAGGGCCAGGAGCCAAGGCUUCUGGGCAACGUAAUGGUGCCCGGUAAGCACAUUGUCUCCCUCAGCAUUGACGAGCCCGAUCCACAGUCUAGUCUGCUGGUGCAAUAGUUAGGUUUCCCAUCUCGCGUUUUUAGUUUUUUCAUGUCAAUAAAGUUCAAUAAACAAUGUAAGCUCA